GCUGCAGGAUGCUGGGAGCAUAAGAAAUGAUCUGAUCACAUCCAGAGAACAUGAGGAGCAUGAAGUUAACGGUCGCGGUGCUGUGGUUCUCCCUGGUUCUCCAUGGAAGAUGCGCUUCGGUCCAUGAAGAUGAAGAGGACUUUGUGUCACUGGCAGAAAUGGAGGAUUCCUUGUUGAGGAACCUUUUUAAAGGUUACCAGAAGUGGGUGCGGCCUGUGCAGCACUCCAACGACACCAUCACAGUACGCUUCGGACUCAAGAUCUCCCAGCUGGUCGAUGUGGAUGAAAAAAAUCAGCUGAUGACAACAAACGUCUGGCUUUGGCAGGAGUGGGUUGAUGUGAAGCUAAAGUGGGAUCCAGAUGAGUAUGGGGGCGUCACUUCCAUCAGAGUGCCUUCAGAGACGAUAUGGCUGCCUGACAUCGUACUCUACGAAAACGCGGAUGGACGUUUUGAGGGUUCUCUGAUGACCAAAGCCAUCGUGCGCUGGGAUGGCACCAUAACAUGGACUCCGCCGGCCAGCUACAAGUCCUCCUGCACCAUGGACGUCACCUUUUUCCCCUUUGAUCGACAGAACUGCUCCAUGAAGUUUGGCUCUUGGACUUAUGAUGGAAACAUGGUUGACCUGGUGCUGGUGGACAACUACGUGGACCGAAAAGACUUCUUUGAUAACGGGGAGUGGGAGAUCCUAAAUGCCACAGGAGUGAAGGGGAGCAGGAGGGAUGGGGUCUACUGGUACCCAUUUAUCACCUACUCCUUCAUCCUGAAGAGGCUGCCCUUGUUCUACACCCUCUUCCUCAUCAUCCCAUGUCUGGGUCUGUCCUUUCUGACAGUGCUGGUGUUUUACUUACCUUCAGAUGAAGGAGAGAAACUGUCUCUUUCUACAUCCGUGCUCGUGUCCCUCACCGUCUUCCUCCUGGUCAUAGAAGAAAUCAUUCCGUCAUCCUCAAAGGUCAUCCCACUGAUUGGUGAAUACCUGCUGUUCAUCAUGAUAUUCGUCACGUUCUCCAUCAUCGUUACUGUCUUUGUCAUCAAUGUCCACCACCGCUCCUCUGCCACCUACCAUCCAAUGGCUCCGUGGGUGAAGAGCCUGUUCCUCCAGAGGCUGCCCAGACUGCUGUGUAUGAGAGGGCACACCGACAGAUAUCAUUACCUGGACAUGGAGACACACAGCCCUGAGGGGAAGUCCUGCAAAGCUGCAGGGAGGAAGGGUGGCCCUGGUCACUGUGGUAACCAGCAGAGGGCGCCCCUCAGUGGAAAGGAGGACGAGAACCAGGCCUGGCUGGCCAUGCUGGAAAAAGCCACAUAUUCAGUUCGUUACAUCAGCCGUCACAUUAAAAAAGAGCACUUCAUACGAGAGGUCGUACAAGACUGGAAGUUUGUGGCUCAGGUGUUGGACAGAAUUUUCCUUUGGGCCUUCCUCACUGUGUCAAUAUUGGGAACUAUCCUGAUCUUCACCCCUGCUCUGAAGAUGUACCUCAGCACACCUUAGUGAAUACACGUACAGUACUCACAAAAACUCUUUGAAAACACCUCCUCUGCACUCUUCAGGUCGUCUCUACCUAUUACUGUAUUUACUGAAUGAAACAAUAAUGCAAUACAUUUCCAGUAUUUUUGACA